AGUGAUCACGUGGGGCAGGUUUGGGGUGCCGCGCCGCCUCCCGCUCCCCUCGGAACCGCACCUCUCCCGAAAGCUGCACGUCGACAAACCUGACCUGUGUUUUCAAUUCUGCUUUGCAGCCCCCGGAGCCCGCGGCGACGGUGGGCGAAGCGGGCGGCCGGGAACGCGCCUCCCGCGGAAAGGCGGGCGAAGGGCUUGGAGCGCGGCGCGGCGUCCGCGCAGACGCGGGCUUCGGGACGGCAGAGCCCGGCAGGGCGGCGGUGGAGGGGACGGGAUCGCCCGCCCCCCUGUCCUCGCCGAGAUGCACAAUGCGUCGUUCUCGGAACCGGGGUUCUCCAACGUGUCGUGCGCCGGCAUCGCUCCGGGCUGCCCCAACGCGUCGGGCCCGCUGCUGCCGCCGCCGCUGCCGCUGGCCGUGGCCGUGCCAGUCGUCUACGCUGUGAUCUGCGCGGUGGGGCUGGCAGGCAACUCGGCUGUGCUGUAUGUGCUGCUGCGGGCCCCCCGCAUGAAGACUGUCACCAACGUGUUCAUCCUCAACCUGGCCAUCGCCGACGAGCUCUUCACGCUGGUGCUGCCCAUCAACAUCGCCGACUUCCUGCUGCAGCAGUGGCCCUUCGGGGAGCUCGUGUGCAAGCUCAUCGUGGCCAUCGACCAGUACAACACCUUCUCCAGCCUCUACUUCCUCAUGGUCAUGAGCGCCGACCGCUACCUGGUGGUGCUGGCCACCGCGGAGUCGCGCCGGGUGGCCGGCCGCACGUACGGCGCCGCGCGCGCCGUGAGCCUGGCCGUGUGGGGGCUCGUGACGCUGGUCGUGCUGCCUUUCGCGGUCUUCGCCCGGCUCGACGACGAGCAGGGCCGGCGCCAGUGCGUGCUGGUCUUCCCGCAGCCCGAGGCCUUCUGGUGGCGGGCAAGCCGCCUCUACACGCUCGUGCUCGGCUUCGCUAUCCCCGUGUCCACCAUCUGCGUCCUCUACACCACCCUGCUGUGCCGGCUGCGCGCCAUACGCCUCGACAGUCACGCCAAGGCCCUGGACCGCGCCAAGAAGCGGGUGACUCUCCUGGUGGUGGCGAUCCUGGUCGUGUGCCUCCUCUGCUGGACGCCCUACCACCUGAGCACCGUGGUGGCGCUCACCACCGACCUCCCGCAGACGCCGGCCGUCAUCGCGGUCUCCUACUUCAUCACCAGCCUGAGCUACGCCAACAGCUGCCUCAACCCCUUCCUCUACGCCUUCCUGGACGACAGCUUCCGCAGGAGCCUCCGCCAGCUGCUGGCGUGCCGCGCCGCCGCCUGAGCCCCCGGACGCCCUGCUCCCCAACCCCGGCACCGCCAGCCCCGGCC